AUGCCCCCGACUCUCGCCGACUAUGGCUCGUCAUCUCCGCCCAAGGACGGACCACGAGAGAUGAGCACCUUUAAAACCGUUCGACGAAAUAAAGACGAUCCGGCAACAUGCUCAACUGACGAGGACUCGAUUCCGACAAAGGGUGCCCAGGAGGGUCGGAAAUCAGACAAGCGUAGUUUGGACUAUGCAAUGCGCAGUGGACUUGCGGGAGGCCUGGCAGGGUGCGCUGCCAAAACAGUUGUCGGUCCGCUAGAUCGCGUCAAGAUUCUUUUCCAAGCAUCCAAUCCGCAAUUUAUGAAGUACACAGGCUCUUGGACAGGGUUGGCAACCGCACUUAGAGAUAUAUACAGCACAUCAGGAAUGCGGGGUCUCUUCAGAGGCCACUCGGCCACGCUAUUGCGUGUCUUCCCAUACGCUGCUAUCAAAUUCAUCGCAUAUGAGCAAAUCCGUGCCGUUCUCAUUCAAAACAAAUCUCAAGAGACGCCUGGGCGCCGCCUUAUUAGCGGAUCUCUAGCAGGCAUAACCUCCGUCUUCUUCACGUAUCCACUUGAGGUAAUCCGCGUGCGGUUAGCAUUUGAGACGAAACAACACUCGCGUUCAUCGCUAUCGUCAAUCUGCAGACAGAUAUACAAUGAAGUCCCUCACUCAAGCGUGGCCUCGCCGUCAACGUCGCCAUCUACAGCUACACCUCCCUCCGCCGCUGCUUCCACCGCCCGCCAUCUUUCCUCUUCCGCUGCACAUCAUCACAACCCUCUUGGCGCAACUGCUGCCGCAGCAUCGUCCUCUGCGCAAACAGCAAGUGCAUCACUCGAAGGAAUAACAACCCAGCGCGGCCUGGCCAAUUUUUUCCGUGGGUUCAGUCCUACCCUCGUUGGUAUGCUCCCCUACGCUGGCAUGUCGUUUUUGACGCAUGAUUAUGCUGGAGAUGUUUUGCGGCAUAAUUUCUUCGAGGAGUAUACGACAAUACCAGGAACUGCAGAUCCAGCUCGUCAUAAGUCUAAGCAGCUAAAAUACUGGGCCGAACUUGCCGCAGGAGGUCUUGCGGGUCUUGUUUCCCAGACAGCUUCAUAUCCAUUUGAAGUCAUUCGACGACGAAUGCAGGUCGGUGGCGCCGUCGGCGAUGGUCAUCGAUUGCGUAUGACUGAGACUGCGCGUCUCAUCUGGGCGGAGCGCGGGUUCCGCGGAUUUUGGAUUGGAUUAACUAUUGGCUACCUCAAAGUUGUACCAAUGGUUGCAACAAGCUUUUUCGUCUACGAGCGAGGAAAAUACUGGCUAGGUAUUUAG